CAAAAAUCUUGCUGGAAGACGAGGGGCAUUGGAAAUCAAAUUAAAUGAUGAAACUCAGUCUACAGAAGGAUACUGGAACUCAACAAGGGAAUGGGUAUAUCCUAUUGCAUUGAAUAUUAUUGCAAAACCUACUCUCGACUUGGUAAUUCAAUGUCGAUACACCGAACAUGAGCGUGCCUUGACGAAAAUUUACCUUGGCCCGGAAGGAAGUCAUGAACAUAUAUGGAAACGUUUAAUGGAUGGUCCUUAUGAAAUGAAACAAAUUUCUUUGCAUGAUAACGAUCAUGAUGCUGCGAAAAUUGGUCUGUUAUUGUCAGUCCAUGAAAAUGUUUCCCCGAAAACACUAUUCAAUAUGGAUGAUGAAUCAACAACAACUCUUCAUACUGACACUUCUGUUUCUGAAAUUCCAACUGACGAGGAAUCAAUUAAACGUACACUAUCUACUAAAUCGUCGACGGGAUAUGGACGACGUCCAAUACCUCCUGGACCAAUUCAAUAUCGUAAACCCUUAAUACCAGAAGGGACACAAUCAAUUCCAUAUAGUCGCCAUCGAAGUGUCAGCAUUGAUGAUGACGAUUUUGAAAGUGCCUCACAAACUUCACACGUCCCUGUCAGUUAUUCACCACCCAGAUCUGUGGUUGACAUGGAUUGCGAUAUAAAUUUACGUAAACGAGCUUCCUAUAGUUCUUCCACUGGAUCACCAACACAUCCUCAAACUCCUCCACAGAGUUCACAAGGCAUUAGUUCUACUUAUCACACGAGUCCUGCUAGUUCGAUUUUCAGCAUCCCACCUCGAAAGCAACAUACAACGUCAUCACCUCCGCCUUCUCCCGCACAAAAUCCACACCCCAAAAAUGAUGGCCUUAGGUUCGUCUGUCAACGAUAUGUGAUAGUCAACCAAUUGCGUUUGGGUAGAAGAAGAGAAGAAAGUAAUCUACUUUACAAGGGGAAUCAUAUCCUGAGUGGGCUAAAUGUCAUAAUAAAAGAAUUUAAUUCGAAGAUGUCAUGGGAGAUAGAGACGCAGUAUUUGAAAGAACUGGCUUCCAAACACUUGGUAAGGUGGGUGGAUAAGAGCUCAAAUGAAAGUACAAGAGAAUAUUUUAGUAUCACGGAGUAUUAUG